AUUCUCCAUCUACCAUAUGUCACUCCUCUAUUUAUGAACACACCUACUACAUUGUAUAUGUAUCCAUCAUCACUCAACAAAGUUAAUUUCCCACUUCACCUCUAUCUCUGAUCAUGGCAACCCCAACAAGUCUCUUGGCUCUCUUCUUCCUCCUCUCGUUUUGCUUCGCCGGAAUUGUUACAUCCGAUGAGGAUUGUGUGUACACGGUGUACGUUAGAACCGGGUCGAUCUUCAAAGGAGGAACAGACUCAAUCAUUGGACUCAAGCUAUAUGACUCAUACGGAUACGGUAUAUACAUCAAGAAUCUUGAGUUAUGGGGUGGGUUAAUGGGUCCGGAUUAUAACUACUAUGAACGGGGCAACCUUGAUAUAUUCAGUGGCAAAGGUCCUUGUUUGGAAGGACCUGUUUGUGCGGUAAAUUUGACUUCAGACGGGUCGGGUCCUCAUCAUGGGUGGUAUUGUAAUUAUGUUGAGGUUACUUCUACUGGAGUACACAUUCCUUGCGCUCAGCAACAGUUUGAAGUGGAACAAUGGCUUGCUACCGACACCUCACCUUAUGAGCUUUCUGCUGUUAGGAACUAUUGCCCUAAUGAUUUGAGCCAGACCCGUCAUAAAUUAAAGAUUGUUGAUAGCAUUAGAUCCGGGUCUGGAUCCAGAUCCGACUUUUCUAUUUUGAGUUAAUAAAUCUCUAUGGUUAUUUGUUGCCCACCUAAUAAUGGUAUUGUCAACAAUCAAGAUGUGGCUCUAUUUGAUUGUUUUGUUAGUGUUGUUGGGAAAUAUAUUUUAGCGAAACUUUUUUGGUAUGGUUUUAAUUUAUUUAUUAUGUAGGGUGUCCUACGUGACCUUGUUUAGGUCGCAAACUAGAAUUGGUCACCUAUCGGGUUCCCCGUCUAGAACCCUUAUAUUUUAUAUUGAAUAAAGAAAUGGGCACCACAUGCUUUUGGACUUU